UUCGCCGAGUUGGCGAUCUGUCUCGUGUUAACAGCUGUCGGAUGAUGUUUUUAACCUUCCAUUCACACGCAGACUCUCCUGAUUUACUUAUCCAAAACUGUCCAGUUUUUGAAUAGAGCAUCGAAUUUGGUUGUACGCCCCUGAAAAAAACAAAACAAAAAAAACCUAUUCUUCGAGAUGGUGUUAGCCGAUUUAGGGCGGAAGAUAACUUCCGCUCUCCGAUCCUUGAGCAAUGCAACCAUUAUUAAUGAAGAGGUCUUGAAUUCUAUGCUGAAAGAGGUGUGUGCAGCACUUAUAGAAGCAGAUGUGAACAUAAGACUUGUCAAAACAUUGAGAGAAAAUGUUAGAGCUGUCAUCGACUUUGAGGAGAUGGCCGGUGGGCUUAAUAAACGACGGAUGAUUCAGACUGCUGUUUACAGGGAAUUAAUCAAGUUGGUGGAUCCCGGUGUGAAAGCGUUUCAGCCGACAAAAGGCAGAGCCAAUGUCAUCAUGUUUGUCGGUCUCCAGGGUUCCGGUAAAACAACAACGUGUACAAAGCUUGCUUACCAUUAUUUAAAAAAGAAUUGGAAAGCCUGCUUGGUCUGUGCUGAUACUUUCCGUGCUGGUGCUUAUGACCAGUUGAAGCAAAAUGCAACAAAAGCCAGGAUACCAUUUUAUGGUAGCUAUACCGAAGUCGAUCCCGUGGUCAUAGCGAACGAUGGUGUUAAUCUUUUCAAAAAAGACGGAUUUGAAAUCAUUAUUGUUGACACCUCUGGUAGGCAUAAACAGGAAGAAUCUCUUUUCGAGGAAAUGUUACAAGUUUCAAAUGCAAUUAGUCCGGAUAACAUUAUUUUUGUUAUGGAUGCAACCAUUGGUCAGGCUUGUGAAGCGCAAGCAAAGGCUUUCAAAGAAAAAGUAGACGUAGGUGCUGUCAUUAUUACAAAGUUAGAUGGCCAUGCAAAAGGUGGUGGUGCGCUUUCAGCUGUUGCUGCAACAAAGUCACCAAUUAUUUUCAUUGGUACUGGGGAACAUAUAGAUGACUUAGAGCCUUUUAAGACGAAGCCCUUUGUCUCUAAACUCCUUGGCAUGGGUGAUAUUGAAGGAUUACUCGACAGAGUGAAUGAGCUCAAGCUGGACGAUAACGAGGAACUCAUUGAGAAAAUUAAACAUGGCCAAUUCACUCUAAGAGACAUGUAUGAACAGUUCCAGAACAUAAUGAAAAUGGGGCCUUUUUCGCAAAUCAUGGGGAUGAUCCCUGGUUUUAGUCAAGACUUUUUAUCUAAAGGAUCGGAACAAGAGUCAAUGGCAAGACUGAAAAAGCUCAUGACGAUCAUGGACAGUAUGAACGAUGGAGAACUGGACGGUAGAGAUGGAGCAAAAUUGUUCAGCAAGCAGCAAGGAAGGGUCACAAGGGUUGCACAAGGCGCAGGAGUUACUGAAAAAGAAGUGAAGGAUUUAAUAGCUCAAUACACUAAGUUUUCUGCAGUCGUUAAAAAAAUGGGCGGGAUCAAAGGACUUUUCAAAAACGGUGACCUGGCCAAGAAUGUCAACCAAGUGCAAAUGACAAAGCUGAAUCAACAAAUGGCAAAGAUGAUGGACCCACGAGUCUUGCAACAAAUGGGUGGCAUGCCCGGUUUACAAAACAUGAUGAGGCAGUUGCAACAAGGUGCAAGCGGAGCGGCAGGUGGGCUAGGCAAUUUCUUUGGCGGUAAAUAGUAUAAGUGAAAUCAGCCCAAACAUCAUUGGGAUGUGUUCCAUUCAAACACCAGAGGCAAUACAACCAAACAAAAAAUCCCUAAAAUUUACUACUUUUGUUGAUUUGUUUAAAAGUAAUAACUCUUCAGUUGAAAGUAGGAGUGUGUUAAAAUACUUGUCAAAAAAGUGAAAUAAAAAGGGGUUGGAAAUUUUUA